CUCAUUGGUCCGGCUGCCUUCAAAGGACUCUUUUUCUUAACCAGAGGGGGGAGUCUGGCUUUAAGAAAGGAAUUCAGAAAUCCCAGGUCCUAGCAGAGCCGCGAACGCAGAGGAAGACUUGAACUCGCUGGGAAAAAUCCCCAGCCGCCCCGUUUUAAGAGAAAAUCAAAGCCACGUUAUUAGAACUCCCCGGGAAGAGACGGGGAACGGCAGCGGAAUUUUUUGAAGCGACUUUACGCGGUUUGUAAGAAGAGGCGCCUCUAUGGAGCUUCCAGGACGCAGCUUUCAGUGAUCUCCACUGAUGUUUCAUUAAAGCCAUAACACCCCUUUGUUCUUUUGGCUUUGUCCCCAGGGGGAGUGAAAAAGGGCUUUUUGGUUUUGUUUAAAAAAAAAAAAAAAAGUUCAGAGAAAAGAGAGAGGAGGGAGAGGAGAGGGAUCCUUCCAGUUCUAACUCACCCGAGGAAGGUGGGAGCUCUCCUGCUUUCUCCAGCCUGGAUUACAACUCGGAUUGUACAUGGGAUCAGCCAUGAGUGAGCCGCCCCGGCCCGCUGGAUUACUUCUCUUCUAAACCGGAGCGUACCGACAGCCAGGAUCUGCUUAAGAAGACAUUUGUCACAACUUCUGGCAGCCAUGAGUUCUGCUGGGGUGCUGACCUGCAUGCCAGACUCAGGACGAAUCUUCAGGGAGACUUCUAUGCGCCCACCAGUGCCAGGCCAGGAGACCAAGAACUACAAGACUGAAAAAUUCAGUAUGGAGCCACAAUGUUUUGAGCAACAAAUAAAGCACAAGGAAGAGUCCUUUAGGGAGGCCGAAGGUUGCGUUGCCAAUGACACGCGCUUCUCUCGGUGGGGCAGAUCCCUCAAUCUUUUGUUGGAUGAUCAAGAUGGUGCUACUCUUUUUCGGAUGUACCUGGAAGGGCAGGGCCUGGUGGACCUUCUAAGCUUUUGGUUUGCUUGCAAUGGCUUUAGAGCCAUGGAACCGACAGAACCCAAGACAUCAAAGACUGCCAAAGCCAUAUAUCGUUGGUAUGUACAAAAUAGCCAAGCUGUUUCGGGACGUUUAAAGCCAGCCACAAGGGCCCAAGUGAAGGAAUGUGUAAAGAACCAACAGCUGAAUAGGACUCUGUUUGACCAGGCUCAGCAGGAGAUUCAGAGGGCCAUGGAGCAAGAGGCCUUUCCUUCCUUUUUGCAAUCUGACAUAUGCAAGGAAUACGCUCAUGCUGUGGACAGUCCCGUUCCGGAUAGCCCUGGACCUGGUCUCCCAACUCUGGCUGAGGAUGAGGAAUUUGGUGGGUUCCACAACUAUAAUGUUGGCUUGGGAGCAAUGGGGAAACGAAACCGUGCCUUCUCACGAUUGCCGCCUAGAAACCAAAGAUCCCAUCUGCGGAAGACCGAACCUGCCUACCAGUACUUUGCCCCUGCGGCAAGUAUCAAUGACAGUGAAAUUUCAAGCGAUGCCCUGACAGAAGACAGUAUGUCUAUAACAGAUGGUAGUGUAGAUGGAGUUCCACCAUACCGCUCCAAAAAGCAAAGGGAAAUCCAUAGAAGUGUCAGUACCAAUGGACAAGUGCCUCUGCCUUUUGUUCCUAGAACUAUGCGCCCACCAGCUGAAAUGAUGCCAACGAACCCUGCAGAAUUUGCUGCAAAACUAACGCUAGCUUUGGAAAAAGUUAAAAAACAAAGAGACGCAGAAGAAAAGCUGGAAGAAAGGCUGCAGAGGUUGAAAGAGGAAGAAGAGAAAGCGGAAUAUGAUAUCCCUCCAUCUAGCCACGACGCUGUGCCAGCUGCUUCAUGUGAGGAUGACCCACAGUCUAUCCUGGAUGACCAUGUAUCUAGGGUCUUGAAGACGCCAGCAAAUCUGUCGCCUAGAUCUCAAUCCCCCUUCAUUCAAAGAAAAGCCAAAGGUCAAGCAUCAUUUGGCAAAGGUCAAAGCUUAACUUCCUGUCACUUAAGGCCAAAAGCUCCCCCAGGAAUGGAGGCGCCUGUCACACAGAAUGUAGAACAGCGCAGUUCCAUGAGUUCCCAGGGAACCAGAAGUUGCAGAAAGCCAGAAGGCUGUGCGACCACAUACAAGACAGAAGAAGGUCAAUCCUCUGUUGGCCUGACCACCCCACUUUCCAACGAACAGGAAAUAGAACGCAGCCACAGUGUUUUGCAAUGGGUUCUUGAAAGUGCCAAAAUGAUGAAGAAGCAUAAUCGGGACGUUCCCACCAAUGUAAACCACGCUCCAGAGUUAAAGAGGACAACACACCGUGCAGCAUCUCAACCAGCACAUCUGUUCCUGCAGGAUACCUCUAUGCCACCUCUUAAUGCUCCUAAUACCCUUGACCAACUGGAAGAAGCCCGCAGGCGCCUAGUUGAGGAAAAGAGAGUUCCUAAGCUUCAUAAAAGCAGGUGUGUGCAGUCUGCAACGCUGAAAGAAAAAAGCAAAACUGCUGAGAGCAUCUCUUCCGGCUUCUCCACACUGAAAUUCUCUGAAGAGCUGAAGUCCACUAAAAAGAUGAGCAUCGAUCAAGGACAAGGAGGUUUAGCGAUUGUCUAUUAUUUCUGUGGAGAAAGAAUCCCUUAUAUGAUUCGAACAAAGGAGCCAAGCUUGACUUUGCAAGAAUUUAAAGAGCUGCUGAGUAAGAAGGGAAGCUACAAAUAUUACUUCAAGAAGGAGAGCCAGGAGUUUGAAUGCAACGCUGUAUUCCAAGAAAUCUCCGAAGAGGAUGCCGUGCUACCACUCUACGAAGAAAAGAUUAUCUGCAAGGUGGAGAGAGCAUGUUGAAUGUACACUUGACACAAGUGAAUAGCAUUUUAGUGCUGCUCAUAGAUGUGAAAUCUUGCUGGAUAAUGGACAAUGCAGCAAGCUGAACAAGAUGGAAGCUGAGAAGGACAAAAUCUGGUGAUCUUAAGUGAUUGCAGCGACUUAAUUGUGGAAGUAUAAAUGGAAUGGCUGCUUAGAGAAAAGAGACAAAAGGAAGUCGCCCAGUCGUUGGUCAUAGUGCAGGGAUGCAGUAUGUGAAGAAGAUUGUGAUCUCGUACUGUGGAUAACCGUACAGAGUUCUGCUUGAACAAAAACUGAACUUGAUAUGGAAGUGGAAGCAUGUUUUCCUGGUGCAAAAAAAAUGGAAACACUCACUUCCUGAAUGUUUAAGGCCACUAAGUAUAUUCAGGUACAUUAUAUGUACAUACUUCAGUGUAUUUAUAUAGCACAUAGCUUUUUUAUUAUUAUUAUUUAUGGACAGGAUUGACUUUGCCAUAUAACAUAGAGCAUUUCCUGCUAUGUUUUGAAUUACCACUAUGAAAUCCAAUAUUGCAAAUCUAUGGAUAGUUGAGCACCCUUACUACAGAACCUGAAGAGAGGAAUGUCAUUGAUCAGUUGUGUCUUACACGGAAAGAAAAAAAUGGACCC